AUGUUAAGCAAUUGCGAGGAUGAGGCUAGUUUAGGUGUGACGGCUAGGCAUGACUUGCUAAGGUUGAAGAUGACGUUAGAGAUGAAGAAGGUGGACAAUGACUCGGUAGUGGGUUUGGUAAAUGAUGAGGCUACUUUUGGUUUGGUGGCUAGGUACCACUUACUUGAGGUUGAAGAUGAAGAUGAUGGUCGAUUAGAGGAUGAUGGAGUCUAG